CACAUAUCUGUCUAUAUGGUUCAUACUGAAUAUCCAUAUUUAUUCUGUUUUUCUCUUAAUAUAUUCUGUUAAUACACGACUAUUACUAUAUAUUGUCACUGCUACUACAUUGCACAUAUAUAUAGACAACAUUUACCAAACGGUGUUGCAUAUAAUUGCAAGCAAGCAAAAGGAAGUGAAGAGAAAAGAGAGAGGAAGUGUGUGGAGGAAAUCUGUGGUUGUCUUGACGAUCACUAUAGCGUGCUCUGUUUCUGUUCGCUCAGAGUGCAAAAUGGCAUCUGGGAACACACAUGAAGGUGUGAACAAUGGUUUUGAACUAAAGAGCACAGAUGAAAUUAUCACCUUGUCUCCUGGUGAUGUUGCCACACUGCCCUGUCACCUCUCUCCUAAGGCCAAUGCUCUCCAUAUGGAGAUCAGGUGGUUUAAAGGGACACAAUGUAUUUUCCUGUACAGUAAUGGUCAGGAGACAGAGGGGCCAGGCUAUAAGGGCAAAGUGAGCGUGAACACCAAGGCGCUGCUGGUAGGAGACGUGUCUCUCAAGAUGAAAAGGACACGAGAGACUGAUAUGGGACCAUACACAUGCCAGGUCAUCAGCGGAGAACACAAGGCCUCGGCAAGAGUACAGUUGGUUUACCGGAAUUCUUCCGAGAUGUUCAUCAACCCCUUUAUCAGGGAGGAAACUCGUGAAGAGAGGUAUGCAAUGAAAAACUCUGUUCAAACUUUAGGCUACACUGGUUCUCGUCAAGUCACUGAAUUGGCAAAAGAGAAAGACAAGACAGUAAAGGUGAAAGAAAAGCUACGGGGGUCACUGGAAAAGAAACCACAGGAGCUGGCAACCCCAUCACUGAAAAAAGAGAUGAAACUAGAGAGAGAGAAACAGCUGGAGGAGAGAGAUAAACAGCUGGAGGAGAAAAACAAACAGCUGGAGGAGAGAAAUAAACAGCUAGAGGAGAAAAUGUCUCCUGCUGUGUCUGAGCUGAGGCUGGUGCUGCUGGGGGGGAGCACAGCUGGGAAGAGGGCAGCAGGAAACACCAUCCUGGGCACUCACACACACAUCCACAGAGACCCAGCACAGUGA